AGGAUGGCUGUCCCCGUGAAAACCGUGCUGCCUCUUCUGGUUCUCGCCGUGGCAGCUGCCUUGUGUGCAGAAGUAGAGGAGAGGCUGGUGAGUCACCUGUUGUCACCGGAGCGUUAUAACAAGCUGAUCAGACCAGCCAUCAACAACAGCCAGCAGGUCACCAUUUACAUACAGGUGUCUCUGGCCCAGCUCAUCAACGUGAAUGAGAGGGAGCAGAUCAUGACCACCAACUGUUGGCUCACACAGGGAUGGAAUGACUACAGGUUAAUGUGGGAUCCUGACCAGUAUGAGGGAAUUAAGAAAAUUCGACUCCCAUCACAACACAUCUGGCUGCCAGACAUCGUCCUCUAUAACAAUGCUGAUGGGACGUAUGAAGUCUCCUUCUACUCCAACGCAGUGGUUUCCAACAAUGGAGAAGUAGCUUGGCUCCCACCAGCCAUCUACAAGUCGGCCUGCAAAAUUGAAGUGCGGGAUUUCCCCUUUGACCAGCAGAACUGCACCUUGAAGUUUCGCUCUUGGACGUAUGACCACACAGAAAUCGAUCUCAUCCUCCUCAGCGAUUACGCCUCCCGCGAUGACUUCAAACCCAGCGGAGAAUGGGAUAUCGUUUCUCUACCUGGACGCAAGAAUGAGGACCCUAAUGAUAUCAGAUACUUGGAUAUCACUUAUGACUUUAUUAUCAAGAGGAAACCUUUGUUCUACACCAUCAAUCUGAUAAUUCCCUGUAUCCUCAUCACAUCGCUAGCUAUUCUGGUGUUCUACCUUCCAUCAGACUGUGGUGAGAAGAUGACUCUGUGCAUCUCUGUCCUCCUGGCCCUGACUGUGUUUUUACUGCUGAUCUCAAAGAUAGUACCACCAACAUCUUUAGCUGUGCCUCUAAUUGGGAAAUAUUUAAUGUUUACAAUGGUGCUGGUCACGUUCUCUAUUGUCACCAGCGUUUGUGUGCUGAACAUUCACCAUCGGUCCCCCAGCACGCACACCAUGCCACCUUGGGUCAAGCGCAUCUUCCUGCACCGGCUUCCUUCGUUCCUCUUUAUGCGGCGACCUGGCAGUUCUAAUAUCCGCGAACGGUUCAGGAAAAAGCACCAAAAGCAAAAGUAUGCAGACGAGAGGUUGUGCGGAACUGAGGGAGGGUCAGGAGGCUCUGCAGGAGUGGCGGACUCCUCCUCGUCCUUCUUCGUCAACGAGGAGUCUGCCAAACGCUACGGCUGGAGAAUCAGUGACUUUUCAGAGAGCAGAGACCUUCGGAGGAGGAUGACCCUCAAGAGCAAUAUUGAUGUGGAGGAUGCGGUGGAUGGUGUACGCUAUAUUGCUGAGAAGAUGAAGAGUGAGGAUGAUGAUGAGGGGAUCAUCGAAGACUGGAAAUAUGUGGCUAUGGUGAUUGAUCGUCUCUUCCUGUGGAUUUUCAUCUGUGUGUGUGUGAUCGGCACCGCUGGCCUUUUCAUGCAGCCUCUGUUUGAGAGUUACAACACCCCAAUUGUUGAGGACGUGGAGCAUAACUGAAGCCGAUGAACUUUGCAUUUGAUAAGGCCCUCAAAUUAAACUUUACCCCCAGAACAAAUUA